UUUUUACUUAAUUAAGCUAUGAUUAAUUAAUUCAAAAGCUUUGCAAGAAAAAUGAAUUAAUAAAUGUCUGUCACAGGCGUCAGUUGGAGGAGUCCAAAAGAGGGGAGAAAGCUUGACCUUUGAGAAGUUUCAAAGGAUCGUGUAGCUUACUGUAUUUAUAAACCCUAUUUCAUGAUCUUGCUCAAUCGAUUAUAGCUUCUUCCAGUCAUUGAAUUGAUUGCUUCAGUUAGAUUCCGACGAAACUGUUCCUCUCUCCGAUCGAUUAACAAAUGUCUCACUCUGCUGUUUCUCAGGCUGCUGCUGUCUCAGUUUCAGUUGGCAACGAACGUUCUCUUAGAAGAUCCGUCUUCAAGCAGAGCAAUAGCAUAAGCUUCAACAGCAAGUCAUCAUCAUCAUCAUGGACAUCUUCCUUGGCAUUGAACCAGAAAACAACAAGCAUAAGAGACGCGAAACGGUACACAAACACAACAGUAUGCAUGUCGGUUCAACAAACAAGUAGUUCCAAGGUUCUAGUCUCUCCUAUAGAGUUGGAAGAUCCCAAGGAGCCUCCUUUGAACUUGUACAAACCCAAGGACUCUUACACCGCUAAGAUCGUCUCCGUGGAGCGAGUCGUGGGGCCUAAAGCUCCUGGAGAAACUUGUCAUAUCGUGAUCGAUCAUGACGGCAACCUUCCUUACUGGGAAGGACAGAGUUACGGUGUGAUCCCUCCCGGUGAGAACCCGAAGAAACCAGGAGCUCCACACAAUGUGCGCCUUUACUCGAUUGCAUCAACGAGGUAUGGAGAUUCCUUCGAUGGUAAGACAGCGAGUUUGUGUGUACGAAGAGCUGUUUACUACGAUCCCGAGACUGGGAAAGAAGAUCCUUCAAAGAACGGUAUCUGCAGCAACUUCCUAUGUGAUUCAAAGCCCGGAGACAAGAUUCAAAUCACUGGUCCAUCGGGGAAGGUAAUGCUAUUACCAGAGAAAGAUCCAAACGCGACGCACAUAAUGAUCGCGACGGGAACAGGAGUGGCUCCUUACAGAGGCUACUUGCGUCGACUGUUCAUGGAAAACGUCCCGAACUACAAAUUCGGCGGCUUAGCUUGGCUCUUCUUAGGCGUGGCCAACACCGACAGCCUUCUCUAUGAUGAUGAGUUUAGCAAGUACUUGAAGGACCACCCUGAGAACUUUAGGUUCGAUAAGGCGUUGAGCAGGGAGGAGAAGAACAAGAAAGGCGGGAAGAUGUACGUGCAGGACAAGAUUGAGGAGUACAGUGAUGAGAUCUUCAAGCUUUUGGACAAUGGAGCUCAUAUUUACUUCUGUGGUCUAAAAGGAAUGAUGCCUGGGAUUCAAGAUACGCUCAAGAGAGUUGCAGAGGAGAGAGGUGAGAGCUGGGACUUGAAGCUUUCUCAGCUCAGGAAGAACAAGCAGUGGCACGUUGAAGUCUAUUAAGCUUGUUUUUUUACCUUUUCUUUUUCAAUGUCUUUUUUGCUGUAUUUGAAUUGAUUUUAAGCAUCUUAAUAAAUAAUUGAAUUGAUGUUGGUUUGAGAAGAUUAAAUUCGUUGGAAUAUUCUUAUAGAACAAACGAUUUUAUCAGUUAUGAAUAUGUAAUGACAUGAGAGACAUCAAGAAAACGAC